AUGGGACUUUCCGGCGCGACCAAGAAGCAGCGCAUCCAGGAUGACCCGCGCAACCUUCGCUGGGCAACAGACACGAGCGCACCGGGCUUCCGCUUGCUCGCCUCGAUGGGAUGGAACCCCGACUCGAACCCUCAGCUCGGAAACGCUUCCUCCCAAUCCGCCAUCCUCGCGAACGGCGGAUCAGGCUUCUCGCGCAAGAUUGCUGCGAUCCCAAUUGCCAAAGACGACACGCUCGGUAUUGGAAUGAAGCGGGGUAGUGCGGCUGCGGUGGUCGGGUCGUUGAAGGCGAUGGGCGUUGCGUCCGGCGCGAACAGCACGACCGCCGGCAGCGGGUUCGUCACGGCGGGCAGUGGGUCGUCGACGCCGCAGAAUGGCGUGACGGACGGCGGCUCGGGCGGAGGAGAGUUUGGCAGCCUCCUCGCAAGGCUGAACAAGCUCAAGGAGCAGAGCGGCGGAUUGUCUGCGUCGGCGAGCCCAGUGCCAGAGGGCGACGACAAGCCGAGCAAGAAGAAGCGGAAACGGUCGUCGUCUGAGUCGUUGUCGGAAGACUCGUCGAGCGAGUCGGAGGCGGAGAAGGACGCUGCCGCGAGUCCUGCACCUGUCGUCGCUUCUUCCGCCUCCGCCUCUCCCGCCCCGACUCCCGCAACCCUCGCAGCAUUGAAGAACCCUCGCAUGGCCGCUCGCUCGAAACACCUCCGCGCCAAACGCAUGGCAACCGCCUCGAACGCCUCCGCAAUGGCCGAGAUCCUCGGUCUCGCACCUCCUACAUCCGCCACUCCCUCUCCCGCACCAUCCGGCUCGUCCACCCCCGUACUCGCCGUCAACGGUCCUCGAACCGAUGGAUGGCCGUCCGUCCCUCCUCGCGGGAGCAGUUCGAUUGCAGUCUCUACCGCCACGACAACUACGACUGUCUCGACUGGUGGAGUUGGCGCUGCACCGGUCUUUGCGUCUGCGUCGACUACUUCGCUCGAGGCGACUUUUGAGCCUGCCCCGGCGAAGGAGGAGACGGAGAAGGAGCGGAAGAAGCGGGAGAAGGCGGAGAAGAAGGCUCGGAAGGAGGCGAAGCGCGCGAAGAAGGCUGCUAAGGCCGAGUCUGAGCCCGCUGUCGAGGAGAAGGAGAAAGAGCGCUCUCGUUCUCCCUCGCCUGAGUUCAAGGUCCACUCGGCCAAGUUUGACCCGUUCAAGGUCACGUCCGAUACGCCUACGGUUGCGAGUGCGCCGGCUGCGGGCCUGUCGAGCGUGUUUGGGAGGAUGUUCGUUGGCAGUUCGGCGGGCGGGAUGGGCGCGACGUUCGUGCCGCCUGCUGCGUCCGCGCCCGUGGUUGAGGAGAAGGUUGAGGAGCCGGUCAAGGUGAAGAAGGACAAGAAGGAGAAGAAGGAGAAGUCGGGCAAGGAGAAGAAGGAGAAGAAGGAGAAGAAGCGCGAGGGCGAGACGAAGGAGGAGCGGCGGGCAAGGAAGGAGGCGAAGAAGGGGAAGAAGGCGGAGUAG